AUGGUAGGUAAUUAUCGUAUUUUAAUAAACUUACAUCCAACAAAAGGCAUAACAUAGCCACUCGAAAGAUGAAUAUUUUUUGCUGCAUUGUUCAUAAUAUUAUAUUUAAUUUAUCUCUUAAUUUCUUAAUUUCUUAAUCUCUAUUUGUAUUUAUAUGUUGUAAUUGCACAUAUAGUAUUAUUAUUAUUAUUAUUAUUUUAUAAUGCCAUCUUUGAUAUAAAGAUAUUAAUCAAAAGAAAAUUAGCUUUGGUUCAGUUAUUUCGUUUUAAUAUAUGUACUUUGUUAUUCUCUAAUCGAAUAGUACUACUUACAUUUAUUGUUAUUAAAUUUUAUUAUUAGAGAAUUUAUCUUAUCAUAAUUAUGUCACAAAGAAUGUUAUAUUUGUCAAUUAAAUUUCGCGACUGUAAGAGACGUUUAUCAAUAUCGUAAUAUAAAAAUUACAAAAAAUAACAAUUGAUAGACUGAUUAAGCAAGUUUAUACGCUCCAAUAUCACGCUCUAUUAUACACGUACUUCGUGGCAGAAUGUCUCCAUCUGAUUUUGACAGUUGACAUCUAAGAUUUUUCUUCGAUUUAAUGUUUGUAAGAUUUUGUAAAUUGUAUAAAUAAAUGUACAUAUAGACUUUGGAGUGAGAAUAACAAUAGUCAGGAGUGGAAUGGCCGAAGAAAAUGGGAGUUCGCAGCGAAAAGGUGAAACCAGCCAAGAGGUUACGGAGGAAAUGGAGGCCGAUAUAAGCCGCUAUUUUGAAAACGCAUCACGCACAAUUUUCGAUGAGAUUGUUUCACCUAGGAAGGAAGAUUUCUUCGACGUGCAGAGAGGCUCUGGCAGCCGAGUCCCUGAUUUCGAAUUGCUCGCGGAUCAGUCGAGUGAAUUCUUAAAAGGUAGUUCAUUACUCGGUAACGAACUACUCGAUCACAGCAGCACGAACGAUGUACACAGGGAUGUAUGGAUACCUUCUGAACAGACGAGAAAAAUCUUACGAAGCGUGGCCACGUCCACCGCUGGAACUACGUUUCUCGACAGAGAGAACUUGACAAUGCCAGGACUUGCAGUUCAAGGCGAUAUGCCCAAUUUGAUAAAAAGUAGUGUCGCAAGGUUUCUAGGCGAAGAUGAAAGUGCACAAAGGCACGUGCUCACAGCUUCUGAUGUGACUCAGGAUGAACGCGGAUUGAGAAUGUUGAUACAAGCUGGUUGUUACAAGGCAGCAAUAAAUCUGUCCGGCAGGUUAUUGGCCGUGUAUGGUCAAGGGUAUGGCAAGAUAAAUCAAUCUAGUAAACACUCGCCACAUUCUCUGCAACUAUGGUACACCAGGCUGGCUCUUCUGACCAAGCUCAGACAAAUCGACAUCUUAGAGAACGAGUCGAAACCAUUUGAUAAUCUAGACAAACCAGACAUGUAUUUUACGUUUUACCCAGAGUUGUAUGGCACCAGGCCGGGUUCUAUGGCUUCGUUUUCCUUUAGACUUCUUCUGGCUGAGAUUCCAAUGUAUUGUGGCAAGCCUAAACAGGCAUUGGAUAAUCUUUACAAAGUUCUGGCGACUACGAACCAAAUUAUAGCUAACUUUAGUGCUGGGUUCAAUGGAGACGGUUCUCGCGUUAAGGUAAACCCUGCAGAACAAGAGGAUGUUAUAAGGUUGUGGAAAGGCAGAAGAUCCAGGGUCCUUAUAUCUAUUGUUAAUUGCGCUGUCAGCAUGAAGAAUUAUGUAUUAGGUAUUGAUAUCUUAGAGAGACUUUGUGAGUCUGCAAAUUGGACACCAGAGCAAAUGGAUGCACUGAGGGCCAGCAUAGGUAGACUACAUUUGUUUUUGGGAGAUGUCAUGGCAGCAGAAAAAUUCCUGAUUGAUAUUCAUAAGAAAGACAGUGGUCCUACUGUUCGAGAGUUAAUAGACAGAGGAUUAAUGGCAGUGGCUCACAAUUCUUUCCAAGAAGCGUACAAGUGUUUUCAAGCGGCAGAGGCAUUAGAUCCAUCGAACAUAGCAUUAAUUAACAAUAUGGCUGUUUGUCUUUUGUAUACAGGCCAAUUGAAAACGGCGGUGCAUUUAUAUGAAAAUAUGAUAACAAGAAAUCCUGUGAAAAGUUUACAGGAGCCAAUACUGUUGAACAUAUGCACCUCGUACGAAUUGCAUACAACUCAUUGUAAACAACCGAAGUUACAUUUAUUGAGUCAAUUGAACAGAUAUAAAGGAGAUGCUGUAGACAUACAGUGCCUGAAACUCCCUUUAAACUGA